AUGGCGCUUGCUCUUCCUGAAUUACUAAAGAAUGUUUUUAAUUUCUUAGCUAAAGAUAACGUACUAUAUCCAACUUUGCUGGUCUCUAGACUUUGGUCUAGGUGCACUGGUCCAAUUUUAUGGGGUCGUAUCGAAUUGAUUGGCUUAACCGAUCAUUCUAUCACUAAAAUCGCAAAGAAAUGUGAUAAAUUGCAGUUUUUAGAUAUUGGUUUUGGCGGAGAUAUUACCGGUAAAUCAUUCUGUGAAAUAGCACGGUCAUGCAAUGGGUUAAAACAUCUAGGAAUUAGUGGAUAUCGGAAUCAUGUCACUGAUAGCAUUGUACAUGAUAUUGCACGAUCCCAUCCUAACCUCCAAUCCAUAGAUAUUCGUUCUUCUAGUAGACUUACCGAUACUGCUAUUUAUACCCUUACAGAUUUAUGCCCAAAUCUGAGAAGUUUAAAACUCGAGUAUUGUGAUGGAAUAAAUGAUAUAGCCAUCAGAAAAAUUGCACAUUGUCGUUAUUUGGAACAUCUCGAACUCUAUAGUAUAAAGGCUCUUAGUGAUAAAUCAAUGUGCAUUAUUGCGCGAUCAUGUCCAGAUAUCCAAUAUCUUAAUCUUCAAUUUUGCAACAUUACAGACAAAGCUGUAGAAGAAAUAGCUCUAUCCUGUCACAAUUUAAAACAUCUAGACCUUUUUGGAGCUUUGCAUAUAUCUGAUUCGUCAAUUUCCAAAAUUGCAAAAAUGUGUCCUAAUAUCAUAUAUCUUGAUCUUGGAUACACUGACCUUAUUUUCGAUAGAACCCUUAAAACUAUCGCAGAGUAUUUACAUAGUCUAGAAUAUCUUGGCCUGAAAGGUUGCCGUAGAAUUAGUCAAAAAAUAAUAGACAUGUUAUUUCCUGAUCUCGAAAUAGGCGGGUAUUACUCAUUACCACUUGGGCGGUAA